UGUAAAGUCAUAUGAAAAUGAUCAGAGAUUUAUCUACGGGGGGGCUGGAUGCAGCUCAUGGGGCUCCCUCCCCCGGCGUGUGGGGUCACCUUCCCCUCCCCCGCAGGGUGGUGCUGGGCCCGGAGCUGGUUCUGCUGGGCCCGGACGAGCAGUUCACGGUGCUGAGCUUGUCGGGGGGGCGGCCCAAGACCCCCCACAGCCGCCGCUCGCUCUGCCUGCUGCUGGGCCCCGACUUCUGCACCGACAUCGUCACCAUCGAGACGGCCGACCACGCCCGGCUGCAGCUCCAGCUGGCCUACAACUGGCACUUCGAGGUGCCGUCGCCCCCCGACCCCCCAGCGCUCUCCCGGCUCUUCAGCGUCCCGGACUUCGUGGGAGACGCCUGCAAAGCGCUGGCCUCCCGCAUCCGCGGGGCCGUGGCCUCCGUCAGCUUCGACGACUUCCACAAGAACUCGAACCGGAUCAUCUGCUCGGCCGUGUUCGGCUUCGACGCGGAGCUGCAGGUGCGGAGCUGCCUGCGCUUCCCCCAGAACGGGCUGGUGGUGAGCAGCGUGGACAUCCAGAGCGUGGAGCCGGUGGACCAGCGCACGCGGGACGCGCUGCAGCGGAGUGUCCAGCUGGCCAUCGAGAUCACCACCAACUCCCAGGAGGCGGCCGCCAGGCACGAGGCCGAGCGGCUGGAACAGGAGGCCCGGGGGCGGCUGGAGCGGCAGAAAAUCCUGGACCAGGCGGAGGCUGAGCGGGCCCGGAAGGAGCUGCUGGAGCUGGAGGCACUGAGCGCGGCAGUGGAGAGCGCUGGCGCGGCGCGAGCCGAGGCCCAGUCCAAGGCGGAGGCGGCGCGGAUCGCGGGCGAGGCGGCCGUGGAACAGGCCAAGCUGAAGGCGGAGGCAGCUGCCAUUGAGACGGUGAGUGGGCAGGGCUGGGGGGAGCCUG